AGAGCGCAGAAGUCAUUUUAGCAACGAGAUGUGCAGGCAAGCUUGCACAAGGACAGUGAGGCAAGAACACCGAGGACGCGCAUCCAAUGUGGAGGUUCAGUGCCUGAUUUGAGGACGUAUUGCGGAGUUCUAAAUUUGACUCAUGAACUAUGAAAGAAGUUGCGCGCGCGCGUGCUUUCAGUAAGUUUGGAUAAUAAUGGUUUGCUACAGACAUUUAUCACCCAGUUGAGAUUUCAUUGAAAGAAUCCGAAUCGUGUGGGGGAUUGUUAUUCUCAAACGUGAUGGAUACAAAUGCGCUGGCUGUGUUUAAACUUUUAGUGGUUGGAAUUUUGGUGAACUCUUGGAUGACAAGAGGAUCGUCAGCCACAGAGAAUAUCAAUGUUGAGUCUAUACCACGAAGGCCUAGUGUGGCUCUGUGCAACGAGACCCAGCUACUGUGGGAGAUGGAGGUGUGUGGGGAGGAAUUCAAGCAAAAGAUGGACCACGUGGAUCCCCAGAACUGGUGCAACUUAACACACUUCAUCAGUGAGUACCACCUUUUCUCGCUGUGCACGGAGACCAACGCCGAGCGCAUCAACUGCUACUGGCCCAACCCACUGGUGGAGAGCUACAUAAUCCGGAUCCACAAGCACUUCUUCUCCAACUGCACCCUGGAGAGGGUGAUCCUGGUGGACCCACCGGACGACACACUCACCAUCCUCAUCCUCAUCCCUGUCUUCCUCACCCUGGCCAUGAUCGCGCUGGUGGUGUGGUGCAGCAAGCGCAGCGACAUCCUGGCUUAGGAUCUUGGUUGGUUUGGUUCCCAUGUGACUGUCCAGCAUGUCCAGAGACCCAUAAACGUCUUUAUUGAACCCUAGAUGAGGAAUUGGGUUAGGGAACCUACAGAGGGAACUUUUGUUUGUUCAUUGUGUCAUUUCAGGAUUAUGGUGGAUUGAAGGGAUUAAAAGAAGCCACCGCCUUUGAAGGAGAUGCAUCCAAACUCAAUUUUCCGAGCUCGGGACUAUCCAAGGCCUUUUGAUAGAUAUACUGUACCCAAGGACCCAAGACACAUACGAGACAUUUAGGAUUGUUGAUCCUUUGUAUGAAAUGGGACUGAGGCCCAGGGACUGCUUCAAUAUGAUAAUUUAUAAGACAUGGUUAAACUUUUAAAUAUAUUCUCAUGAAGAUGUCUUCUCAAUAGGACAAUAUGGACAAGCUGAGACCUAAAUAUGUACAGUACUUUUCUGUACCAGUGCCGUCUACUGUAUAGAAACUACAUUUUGGUCCCGUAUUGCCGCCAUGCUUUCUGUACAGUACUGUUUCUUCCUCACCUGUUAUGAGUUGUCACUAUCGGGUCAAGCUGCACAGAUGGAUAAAAAAAAAAAAAAAAAAAGGGAUUUUACCCUAUCCCUGAUUGAAUUUUUGCCCAAAACUUAACCACAUCCCUAACCCAAAGCUUAAUUUCAGACAACAAAAAAAGUAUAUUUUCAUGUUCAUACAUGUUUGUGAUAUACGGAAAUUGAGUGUGAACUUGGCCAUUGAGUGUGAACAAGCCCUAUAUGUGUACCUUAUAACAGAGCAGUUGUUCUCUUGCAGUGUUUGUGGGGCGCCGGAGAGCACACACUGAAUCUACCUUCAUUAUUUCUCGUGUCUGGGUUGUCGUGGCAAUACCGCAGAAGUUAUCACUGAUUGCACUGCUUAUUUGGUGUAACAUCAGCAGGAAUUCUGCUCACGCUAACUUGUAUUUAAUUCUGCUGUUGAAUCAUUCCGGGGAGGUAGGAACGUAAAUCACUGUCAAGAUUAGGAUCUCAUUUUGAGAAUUUCAUUUUGCCAGAAGUAAACUUUUGGUAUUGAGGAGCUAUUGGAUUAUUUACUGUACUGCUAUUUAAUGUUUUAAUUAAAUGACUUAGAAUAGG